AGGAAUUGCAGCAAAACCUCUUCCGGUUGUCUUGCUAUCGAUUGAGGUUGUUCAAUAAUUAGAAUUUUUAAAGACCAAAUUCGCUAUGCCAUUUUUCUGAUCAAAAUUAUUUGCAGCAUUUAAAAUUGUGUGUGUAGUAUUUGAGAAGAGGUUUUAAAAAAAUUAAGAAUGAGUUCCAAAACCAAUGCACCACCCCCGCAACAAUUUAAUUUGCUACCAAAAAUUAUAAAUGGAGGCAUUGCCGGAAUUAUCGGUGUAUCGGUAGUUUUUCCCCUAGACUUGGUGAAGACGCGACUACAGAAUCAGACCGUAGGACCCAAUGGCGAACGACAAUAUAAGAACAUGUUGGAUUGCUUCAAACAGACAUACAGAGCGGAGGGUUACUUCGGUAUGUACCGAGGGUCCGCGGUCAACAUCAUUCUAAUCACUCCUGAGAAGGCAAUCAAGUUGGCGGCGAACGAUUUGUUCCGUUACCAUCUCGCUCUUCCUGAUGGAUCAUUACCAAUAAUGCGGCAAAUGGCUGCUGGCGGUAUGGCAGGCGCAUGUCAAAUCGUCAUCACUACUCCCAUGGAGCUGCUGAAGAUUCAGAUGCAGGACGCGGGGAGGGUCGCAGCUCAAGCUAAAGCUGAGGGUCGCAAAUUCGAGCGCAUAACAGCGAUGCAGCUAACGCGCCAGCUUUUAAAAGAGCGCGGCAUCUUCGGCUUGUACAAGGGGGUGACCGCGACCGCCGCUAGGGACGUAUCAUUCAGUAUCGUGUACUUCCCGUUAUUCGCUACACUCAGCGACCUCGGACCUAGAGAGAAACCUAAUGAUCCGCCUCCAUUCUGGUGGUCUUUCCUCUCCGGCUGCGCUGCUGGUUCCACUGCUGCGUUAUCUGUCAACCCCAUGGACGUGGUGAAGACUCGCAUGCAGACCAUCACAAAGGGCUCCAACGAGCGACAGUACACUUCUAUAGUAGAUUGCGUCACGAAAACUAUGAUGCAGGAAGGUCCAACGGCAUUCUUUAAGGGUGGAGCUUGUCGAAUGAUAGUAAUUGCGCCGCUGUUCGGCAUAGCUCAAUCUAUUUACUACAUAGGUUUAGCCGAAAACUACCUCGGCAUCAAAUAAAAACAAACAGCAGUAUGAAAACCAUUCUUGCCCCGCCUGUAAUAAUUUCGCAUCCGUACCCCCACACAACAAUAAGAAAACAUUUAUUUUUAAAAGACGCACAUUUAUAUUUUGUAUUGCUUAGCAUUUAAAAAAAAAACAUAUAUAAAGGCAGGCAUAUAUAAAGCUAAAAUAUUCGUAGAGUUGUAGUGUUUUGAGAUGGACAUAUAAAGAGAGUUUGGCUGAUAAAUUAAAUGUACUC